AGUUCUUCACCACAUACCGUAUUGCCUACAUCUUCGCUUGAUUCAAGAGGAAAAUGAAGACUUGACGUCAGAUAUAAUUGGCUAGGCCGCUGCUAGACACAAAAACGAGGCUUGGCCAUACUGGGCACGGUUUGUCUAGCUCUAUCCCAGAGAGAAAAUCUGAAGGAAGAAGAUAGACCACUCUGAUUGGUAUAUAAAGUUUCGGAGGAUACCCCAAACAUCAUCAGUUCAAUUUCGUCUACCGAUCAAGGAAGAUAAACAACCAUCCCAACAACAAUCAACAUGAAGUUCUUCAUCGUUGCCCUGGCCCUUGUUGCCCUGGUUGCCGCUCAGGAGGAGGAAGGUGAUAAGUACACCACCAAGUAUGACAAAAUCGACCUGGACGACAUCCUGAAGUCGGACCGUCUGUUCAAGAACUACUACGCCUGCCUUUUGGACGAUGGACCGUGCACCCCCGAGGGAAGCUACCUGAAGCGUAUCCUGCCGGAAGCCCUGGAGACGAACUGCGCCAAGUGCAGCGACAAGCAGCGUGACGAUGGAGUCCGUGCCAUCAAGUACAUGGCCGAGAACCGCGCCGAGGAGUGGAAGGUCCUGAAGGCCAAGUUUGACCCGGAGAACGUGUACGUCGAGAAGUACCUGGCCGAUGCCGAGAAGGAGGGAAUCAAGCUGUAAACGAUGCUGUUUGGGGAUGUAGUUGCAUAAUGUGAUAACAAAAAUCUAGUGAUUUGAAUUGAAAGAUCCACGCUGUUGAAGGAUU